AUGUUUUCUCCGGACUCCAUCUCUAUUUUGAUCUCUUCAGUCUUGGGACUGGCCUUGGCAAUCCCUUCUAACACUUGUAUUGUGAUGGGUAAUCUGGACAUCAUCAGAAAGAAAGGGAAGUUGAGUCCCUCCGAUGUGAUCUUUCUGGGGAAGGGAAUUGUGAAUAUUCUCCUCCAGUGUGUGCUGAGCCUACAGGGAAUGCUCUUUGUCUUCUCUUCUGCAGUUUUUUAUCUUAGACAAGUAUAUGUGUUUUUGAACAUAUCAGGUUGCUUCCUAAUCUACUACAGCUUCUGGUUGACCUUCUGGCUCUCGGCUCAUUACUGUACCAGCAUCACCAAUCUCAGCUAUGGGUUCUUCAUCUGGAUAAAGAGAAUUGUGUCCAAUUUCCUGAGUCACCUUCUAUUCCUGACAGCACUCGGGAUACUUUUCGUGAGCAUCCCAUUCUUCUGGGCUGUGUAUGCAGAAUGUCCUCUCCAGUCUUCCGAGAACAGUACAAGAGCCUCUGAAAUCAGGUUCCAUGAAAUGUUUUCCUAUUUCAUGCCUGUGACCAUCCUAGGCGUCUUUCUUCCAUUCUUCCUUAGUCUUCUGUGUCUGGUCCUCACUCUCUCCUUUCUGCUCAGACACGUCUGGAGGGUGAAGAAUAACGACUCGGGAUCAACACGUCCAACUCUUCAGGCUCAUGUCACGGCACUGAGGACAAUCUUCUUCUUACUUCUCAUUUUCUCAAUCUUCUGCAUGUCUCAGGUGAUUCUGUUUUUUAAAAAUUCAUUACUGUUACUAGUCAUUUGGAACUUACUAUUAUUAUCUCCAUUGCUUGAGGCCACCAUCAUCUUCCAGGCCAGCAACAAGCUGAGAAGGAUCAUUCUGAGAAGAUUCUGGACCAGAAGCCGGAAAAACACAGAGACUUAA